CCCAAGUACAUCUCUACACAGGCACCUCUGAAGCACACCAUGGGGGACUUCUGGCACAUGAUCUAUCAAGAAGAUACACGACAAAUCGUGAACCUGACAAACAGUUCGGAACUUUCUCGCGGCAAAACGGUCGAGUAUUGGCCUACAGAAUUUGACGAACCAAUGGAGUGCAACAGUCUUUCCAUCGCUCUGAUUGGCGAUGACGAAGUCCACGGUUUCAUGUACCGUGAAUUUGCUAUCACCAAUACUCAG